UACCUUCAGAGCAAAUGAGGAAAGCUGAGCUAUGGAACUCCUUGACAUAAGGAAAACCCUGUGGAAAAGAAUUUUGCAAUCUUCAAAGAUGGAUUAGAUGUCAGUGGAUAUCGGUAGAAAAUUAUGUCAGUAACUGCUAGCUGAUUAUGCCAAAGACUACCUCCAUCUGCUACCAAUUGUCUCCUCCAGGUAUUGUUCAGAAUGCCAUUGCAGUGGCAAUAAAAAAUGGCUACCGGCACAUCAACUGCACAUAUUUAUAUGAGAAUGAGGGGGCAAUUGGAGAGGGUCUCCAGAAAGUGCUGAAGGAAGGUGCAGUGAAGAGAGAGGAGCUUUUUAUUGUUAGCAAGCUGUGGAAUAGCUUCCAUGCUCCCGAAGAUGUGAAGCCAGCUCUCUUGAAAUCCCUGAAGCUGCUGCGACUGGAUUACCUGGAUCUGUACCUGAUGCACUCUCCAAUGGGUCUUGAGAAUGUCAAGGAUGUCCUCAUGCCCCAGAAGGAUGGGAAGGCUCUGCAGUCUGACGUUGAUUACGUGGACACAUGGAAGGCAAUGGAGAAGCUGGUGGAUGAAGGCCUGGUGAAGAGUAUUGGGGUGGCCAACUUCAACCAGAGUCAGCUGGAGAGGCUGCUCUCCACAGCAAGAAUUAAGCCAGAUGUCCUCCAGCCCUCCAGGUAAACUAGAUCCUAAAAAUGGCAUGGAGGACCCAGUGGUGAAGGAUAUUGCUAAGAAGCAUGGAAAAUCCCCGGCACAGGUUUUUGAUUUCAGCCUGACUGAUGAAGAAAUGAAAAAGCUGGCAUCCCUCCACUGUGGGGCCCGUGCUGUUGCCUGGGACAUCUUGGGGAUGGGCACCCAUAAAUUCUACCCUUUCGGCAAGGAUCAGUGACUCUGCAAGCAAUAUUGCUCACCCCUCCCAGUUUUAAUGGCAUGCAAAUAAUGGAGUUGGCUUUUGCAUUUUGUAUCCAGCCAAACUGAGUUAUUUUUGCUAGCCCAAGGCUACUACUCUUCCUCCCUGUGUGAUGGGACAUAAAUGAGCAUCAGUGGUUUGUCUGCAGUGAGGUUUGGCAGAAGGGAGUUCCUAGGACCCUUGCCACUGCAACUUGUCCACCCAGCAUGGCAAAGAAUAGGCCAACAGAAUGACUCCAUGGUUUGCAGCAGCCUCCACAGAGACCUUCACAGCACUGAGACCAGAACAUCCCCCCAGGGAGAGGCACCUACUUUGGUCCAGCUAAUUUAGAGCUCAAGUGUCAAACCAAGAACAAGGCACACCCAGAAAAAUAAAUGUACAUAUAGGAAGGGCAAGUUGAAUUUUAAAAACCUGACUUAAU